AUGGCCAACGUCUUCAUCGUCGCUGCUAAGCGCACCCCCUUCGGCGCCUUCGGCGGAAAGCUCAAGGAUUACACUGCUUCCGAGCUCGGUGCCUUCGCUUCCAAGGCUGCUCUCGCAGAUCUCGGCAAGCAAAUUCCCAUUGACUCUGUGAUCGUCGGCAACGUUGCUCAAACCGAUGCUGCUGGUGCUUACCUGGCUCGCCAUGUCGGUCUGCGCGCAGGACUCGACAUCUCCGUCCCUGCCCUGACGGUCAACCGUCUCUGCGGAUCUGGUUUCCAGUCGAUCAUCAAUGCUGCGCACGAGAUCAUGGUUGGUGACUCGAGCGUCGUCUUGACCGGAGGUUCCGAGUCGAUGUCAUUGGCUCCCUAUGCCUUGAGAAACACUCGCUUUGGUGGCACGAAAUUCGGAAUUGAUCUGAAGUUGGAGGAUACCCUGGCGGCUGCCCUGGUCGAUCGUUUCCCCAAGGAGACCCCCAUGGGUAUCACUGCCGAGAACUUGGCACAGGAGCACAACAUCUCGCGUCAGCAGUGCGAUGAGUACGCUCUUCUGUCGCAGCAGCGCUGGGCCGCUGCCAACAAGGCCGGUCGCUUCAACGCGGAGAUCGCCCCUGUCGAAUAUAAGGUCAAGAAGGCCGUCGAGACUCUCAGCCACGACGAGCACGCUCGCCCCACGACUACGAUCGAGAGCCUUGCCAAACUUCCCUCGGUCUUCAAGAAGGACGGAACCGUCACUGCCGGUAACGCCUCGGGUAUCAGCGAUGGUGCCGGUGCCGUCAUCGUCGCCUCGGAGCAGGCCAUCAAGGAGCACGGAUUGAAGCCCCUGGCCAAGGUCGUCAGCUGGCACGUCACCGCCGUCGACCCCAGCAUCAUGGGUAUCGGCCCAGUCAGCGCCAUCCAGGGUGCCCUCAAGAAGGCUGGCUUGACCCUCAAGGACAUGGACCUCGUCGAGGUCAACGAGGCCUUUGCUGCCCAAUACCUGGCUGUCGAGAAGGUCCUGGGAUUGGACCGCAGCAAGACCAACUUGAACGGUGGUGCCAUCGCUUUGGGUCACCCUCUCGGUGCCUCGGGCUCCAGAAUCAUGACCCACUUGACCCAUGAGUUGCAGCGCACUCAGGGCAAGUACGCCAUCGGAUCGGCCUGCAUUGGUGGUGGUCAGGGUAUCGCCAUUGUCUUGGAGAGAUGCUAA